CUCUGAGUCACACCUCAGAGUUCAGCGUUUUUAAAUCCUGUCAGCGGACUGACCGCGCGCAUUAUUCCUCUAAAUAAUUUUUAUAUUUAUAUUUAUAUAUUUAUAUAAAACACAAGCUGACCGGGGAACAGUUUGAACUGCUGUAAAACCGGCAGGAUUUUUUUCGGGUUUGUUUCCAGCCGGUCAGGGAUCAGUGCGGCUCACUGUGCUCCGCGCUGUGAGACAGAGCUCCGGAUCUGAGAGGAACUCCACCUUAAAACUUACAAAAUGCAGGACCCAAAUGAAGACACUGAGUGGAAUGAUAUUCUCCGGAGAAAAGGAAUCCUUCCCCCUAAAGAGAAGCCGAAGGAGGAUGAGGAAGAGGAGCAGAUUAUUCAGCAGCAGUCUAUUGUAAAGACCUAUGAGAGCAUGACUCUGGACGAGCUGGAGGAGAAUGAGGACGAGUUCAGUGAGGAAGACGAGGCUGCUAUUGAAAUGUACAGGCAGAAAAGACUUGCAGAGUGGAAAGCUAACCAGAUAAAGAACGUGUUCGGGGAAGUGAACGAGAUUUCUGGACAGGAUUACAUUCAGGAGGUGAAUAAAGCUGGCAGUGGGAUUUGGGUGGUGCUGCACCUCUAUAAACCAGGCAUCCCCCUCUGCACACUCAUAAACCAGCAUUUAUCAGAGCUGGCGCGAAAAUUCCCACAGACAAAGUUCCUGAAGUCCAUCUCCACCACCUGCAUCCCCAACUACCCCGACAGGAACCUUCCCACAAUCUUCGUUUAUCACGAGGGAGAGAUGAAGGCUCAGUUUAUCGGUCCUCUCGUUUUUGGAGGCAUGAACCUUAAAUGCGAUGAGCUGGAGUGGCGGCUGUCUGAGUCUGGAGCUGUGAAGACUGACCUCGAGGAGAACCCUAAGAAACAGAUCCAGGAUCAGCUGCUGACGUCCAUACGCUGUUCGAUGCCAAACCGUAAAGACAGUGAUGAAUCUGAUGAGGACUGAACCUCCUGAGGGAGAAAUCAGCAGGACCGGAGACCUGCAGAGAGUCACACCUGACAAUAAAAC